GAGCUGACGUCAUGGUUGAGUUCCGAAAUUGAAAUCAAUAAGCGAUGUGCAAUGUUGUGUGUACAUCACGGACGAUGGGAAAUGGCGAUUAUGACAAAACAGCGCGUUAGAUCUUAUUGUGUUUGAUUCCGCGGGAUCGACGAAACGAAUAUUCGUUAGUGAAAUGGCUCGCAACACCAAGAAGAAACUCGCGAUAUUUGCGGGUACAUCCAAGUGUCUCAUUUACGCAGAAGCAAAGUACUGUGCCUCUGAAAUACCUGGGGAAAUAAAAUAUUAUGAAUGUUCAAGGACAGAAUAUUGUUGCGCACUUGGUUGUUGCAUAUCACCAGGACUCCAUUUUCAUCAUUUAUGGUACUACUGGAUUCUGGUUAUAAUCAUGUUCCUGGUCUGUUCUGGUGGUGGUUGGUGGUACCGGUACUGGUUGCAAGGCAGAUACAGAGCAGCUGCUUCUGCUAUUCCAACUCGAUCUUCCAACACUAGAUCCCAAAAUUCUCUUCGCAAUACGCCCUGUCAGGCGCAGCAAGCUCGUAUUACAUACAACUCUGCGAGAAAUACUGUCCUGUUACAUCGCAUGUGGAAAGGUCCUCAAAGGAAUGCAGCAGCGCCGGCGUAUAACGGCAACGCGACCACGUCGACGCACUACCAGAACAUGAAUGUUGUACUGAACGAUGCCAACUGUCCUUAUUAUCAACUAUACGGUCCUCCGCCUAGCUAUGACACGGUGAUAGCUCAAACACGCGGCAAGAUUUCUAAUCCGGCAUCGCCGGAGUCCUCGACCGCGCGGAUGGGUCUACAAACAGCGAAUGUGAUACCGAAUCCAAGUGUACCGCAGUGCUUUUUCUACACUUGUAAUUCCUCGCCGAGAUUGGUGGACGGUAAUUCGAAUCAAUGUCAAAGUGAUAACGCGAACUCGACACGGCAACUCGACAAUCACGAGAACGUGCCGUUCGCGCAUUUCUCGCAAUACUGCGUCGUGAACGGCGCGAUUAGCCAGAACGUGUGCGUGCCCUUGGAGUAUCCAGACGCAUCGGCUGCUUCCGGUGGCGGCAACUUACCGUUCGGUCACAACUAUCAGAGCAAUCUUAAUCAGUUGCCAGGUUAUCCAACGGACAGAUUGUCCGACACCUCGGACGCGGAGAACGCGACGGCUCACGGCUACGCGGUGCAGGACACAGAGGGAUACAACGCGAUGCCUAAUGCCGACGCGGCGACCGGCGGUGGCGCUGUUUCAUGGCGCGCCGCCGACGACCAAGCGGCGCUGAAGAUCCACGCCAAGGUCGUCGCGCAGGGCGAGGAGAAUCGUCGCGACCAGGUGUGCCGGCCAAAGUGCAUGACCGCUGCGGAGACGCACAACCCGUCGCCCAAGUCGAAGGCGAGUGGCAGCGACGAGAACGAGACGAGGCGCAUGUCGCCCGUGAUCGCCGCGGUUGGCCACGAGAGGAACUUCGCUAGAGAACGCACAGACUACGGCGGCUCACUGCGAUUGCCGCGUAAGCACGCCGGCGCCGUCGUUCACCAGGGUGUCGCACCUUAUCAAGGCGGCGACAGUUUCCACAGAAUACUGUCCAAAGACUCGUCGAGUCCCGCGGCAGUCGCUGCUCUGAAUUCCACGGCGGCUCCCGGCGCCGCGGAGCGGCAACUCCAGGACGCCGGCGCCAGCUCUUCUCAAUCAAAUCCAUCCAAUAAUGUGAUACUAGAAACGUUUAUUUUUGACAACGCCCCGCCCACGUGCGUCAACAUCGAGGAGGCGAGCGAUCCUCGUGCAAUGAACCGCAGUACAAACUUUGAUCUUGAAAGUAAAUACAAAUUAGACAGAUCGAAGUCGCUAGACUGAAUACGCCACCGUCGCAAGCUCUUGUCGCUGUGAGAUCGACGCGAUGUUUAUUAUUAUUCUUGUACAUGUCUCCGUCUUAUCCGCGCGCAACUCUUACAAAACGUUCGUCGCUUGUUCACCAGGUCGGAACUGCCCUCCGACGGCUGUCGCGAUUCCCCGGCUAUCGCGCUCGGGAGAUGCGACAAUUUCACUCUCUCAUGCCGAGGUGACGCGACGUCAGCUUCCUUGAACGUCGGCUCGGGCGGCUAGUGGCUCUCGCGUUAAUCGAUUCGUUGACACCCUCCUCUCGCGUUACCUCGUUAUCACGCGCCGAUUUAAUUAUCUUGUCUGACAGUCGGUCUCGCGUUACACAAACAUAUGGCUAUGUAACCUUCGACAUUAUCGACGCGCGAGGGAAAUUAGCGGACUUCAACGAUAGAUGUUAGACUUGGAAAUCGCACUUCCGCAGUAUUUUUUGCAAGUAAUACCGCAACUCCAAAGCUAUACUAUUUUGAGGGAGAGAAAGAGAGAUGACCUACUGAACUACUAAAUAUUGUCUGUAGAUGUAAUAGAGAGAAGAAAAGAGAGAGAGAGAGAGAGAGGAAAGGUGGGCGAGGGGGAAGGAAAAGAGAGAGAGAGAGAGAGAGAGAGAGAGAACGAGCGAGAGAGGUGAUACAAUUCUAUUUACCUACGAAGUAUUUGAAUUCCGAUAUCUCUGCGACUGUGCAUACUGCCAUACACGGAAAGAUCUUUUUGAACGUUGUAUCUCGGACAUACACACACUGAUCUCUGAGUUUGAUCUCUGCACUAUACCUAAGUAACGUAACUGAUAAGAUCUCGGAACGAUAAGACGAAAAAAAAAGAAGCAUAUCUCGCACAGAAACUCGUCUUUCCAGCGGCCCAUUUUCGACCCACUUACGGAUAAAAGGAACAAAAAAAAAUAUAUCGGUCAUUGUGUUUCAUUAUGAACUCUACAUUUCUAACGGUGUUUUGAACUGGCCAAUAAUUAUCGCACGUUUUUUAAUCCUCGAAUAAAAGCGCACUUAAUGAAUCAAGUCUCCAUUGAUAUAAAAAAGAGAGAGAGAGAGAGAAGGGGAGGGAGGGAGGGUGGGAGAGAUUCGCGUUUUAAAUAUUAUUCGUAUAAAUUUCGAUGUGUAUUUUCUAACGAUAAUAUUGAGAUAUCGAGCUCGGCGAAACGCCGGGACGAUCUUACCUUCGAGCAGUAUUUCCGUCAAAGUCCUCUGGAUAUAUUUAAGCCUCUAUUAUAUAUAUGUGCACAUAAAUAUUAUCUCGACACUAAGAAGCGCGUAGGUUUCAUUACUACACGCUGCACACGUAUUUGAUGUUAAGAUAUAGUUGUCCAAAGGAACUCUAGUUUAUUUACGAUCCGAGUAAAAACGGGACUGCACCGUUUGUAAUGAACAAGAGAGCGAACGAGAGAGAGAGAGA